AUGUCCUCAGGAGAAUUGCCUCAAGAUAAGAAAACCUUAUUUUUAUCCCUCGUUUAGAAGAAGCAUGCUGAAACAGAUGCAUAAAAAAUUUAGAAUCGUAUAUUGUAAUUGAAAAUGGAACAUGAAAAAGUGAUGAAACGCGUUCAAUAAGAUGAAGAAAGAGCUGAUGAAAUUUACAGACAUAGAGUUGAGAUAUAACUAAAGAAGGAAAAUAAGUUAAAACAAAAAUAAGCACAACCUCCUCCAUUCUCACUGGCUGUAUCUCAUCAUCAAAGACAGGUUCUGAAAAAAAUUAAGGAAGAUGAUUUAUUAAAAAAGAAAUCAGAAGCAAAACUCUUUAGAGAGCAGUUAAAAAAAGAUUUUUAGGGCGUUUAAAUGCAAAAAAGUCUGGAGUAGGAAGUUUAUCGAAUAAAAGCAAUAUAAGUAAAAGAAGAAGAAAGGCAAUCUACUGAGGUGGCUGUGUUGAAAAUGAAAUAAAAAAGGGAAAAGGUUAGAUACCAAAUAGAAAAUGAAAAGGAUUAGAUAAUUAAAGAAAAGAAGUUAUAUGAUUUUAAAAUAUCAGAAUUAGAGCAAUAAGAACAAUUAGCAAUGAUGGAGUUAUAAAAUUCAUUAGCCCAUCAAUAAUUUGUUUAAAAGAAAAUAGAACAAGCAUAGAAAUUAUCACCUAGUGAUUAUGAGAAACAAUAUCAAAAUAAUAAUAAAAACGCUGAGACCACAUAAUGA